GUUUGUGUGUGUUGAGCGCUCGAAGGACGCGGACGCUGGCGGUUUUUUGGUGAUGAAUGAUGAUGGAGCCGGUUGUGAUCGGAAAUUUUUGCCGGCUUGUAAAAAGCCUGAAUUGGCUUUAUUAAUCUGAACAGAAAAAAUGUCUCAGAGGAGGCUAGAGGAGGCAUUCGUUGGCGAUUCUGAGGCAGCUGUGUCUGUUGCUGGGCCCUUAGAAGGAGCUCGCGCCCGUCAGCUGCGGAGGAGAGCUAACGACUCCGCCAGCGAGGCGGGCUCUGAGACGGGCGACCCGGAGCGGCGCAGGUACCGGCGGCGGGACGGGCACCGCCUAGUGGUCACUCAGAACUGCCGCACCCAAUGCUGAGCCUAUGGUGUCGCGCCGCCACCUUCAAGAGUCGGCCACCGGUGGUGCGGAGCCGGAGCCGGAAGGCAAGCGGCGCCGUCUCCUUGAUCUGCAGGCCGACCCCGGCACGGGCCCGACCGCGAAGAAGCACAAGUUCAAGAAACUAGCCAACAUCACCGCCAAAAAUAAGGCGGCUGCGCUGCUUACGAAAACCGGCACGGGCAAAAUCAAGAAGAAGCCGUUCAAGGGGCUCAGCUACUCGUUCAUCACGAAGAAAAAGAAGAAGGUGAAGAAGACCGCCGGUGAGGAGUGUGGAACUGGUGCCGACUCGCUGGUGAGCUUCCACGUCCGGGAGCUGGGCGCUGUGGAGGCGAUGAAGGCCGAGCGUAGGCUGGUCGCCGAGCCCCGGAGCCGUGACCUGGCCCUGGCAGUGGAGCCGGCCGUCGGUGGCGUCACUGAUGAGCUGCCCGAGCGUCUCUCGGACGGAGCGGAGACGGAGGUGGGGCAGCCGGCCGCCCCCGUCCCGCUGAGUGCACCCGAGGACUCUGAGAUGGUCACUGAGGACGAAGAGAGCGUGCCCCCGCCGCCGGCUCCGGCCUCGGACGUACAGAGCGCUGCGGGCUCUCAGGCCGAGCUGCGGCUGGCUAUCAGCUCCGAGGACGACGGCGACAACAGCAGUGAGAGUAGCGAGGCCGCCCGAAUCCGGAUGCUCAAGGGAAAGGCUCGGAAGAGCAUGCCGAAGGUGACGCUGAAGAAGGCGUUUGUGCCGAGCUCGAUGCGCAUACCCAGUCCGCCCGAGGACAGCUGCGCAGAUGAGGACGAGGAGAGUGGGGAUGGUCUCGAUUCCAGUGCUCCGCCGUCUGUCGGCGGCGGCAGCGGCGGCGGGCGGCCGGCGCAGGGUGCCGCCUCUGUGGCCUCUGCGGUGAAGCGCCGGCGCGGCAGCGUCACCCAGCCGGCGACGGCGUCGGCUCUGGUGCGGCUCGGCCGGCGCGCCGACUCUCUGACCUGCUCCCCGGCCGGCUCGGUCACCGGCGGCAGCGGGGCCGGCGAGGCGGCGCCGCCUGAGGGUACCGUGCCGCCGCCCAAAAUGAUGGACCCGAUGCUGACCACCAUAGCCUGUAAAUGUGUGGAGACCAAGACACCCACGGCCGACCUGGACCUGGCUAAGGAAGACUACUACUGUCGCGGCAUUGACGCCAUCGACGGCCGGCUGAUCGGCUGCUGCAACCUCGUCACCAGCACCAGGAUGAUUCGCCCGAGCUUCAAGGUGCCGUUUCUACUGAUGUGCGGCCUGCACAGGGAGAGGAUGCGCCGACACCACUGCUGUCCAUCGUGCGGGGUGUUCUGUACUCAGGGAAUCUUUAUGCGGUGCACACACGAGUGCACUCCACAUCUGUUCCACCGCAAGUGUGCCGCCCAGGUGGGCGACCUGAUCAUGUGUCCCCACUGCGGCAACUCGGACGACCUGAAGACGGUGCAGCUGACCAUCCGCACCGGGCGCACACCUACCUUCUACCACCAGCAGGGCGUGCUCAAGAAAAGUCGCAGCGCUCGGAUGGCCAUCACUCGCGGUGUGGAGCGCGCCGGGGCUCUGGGGGCCGAUGGGUUCAGCCGACCGUCACCCCACCUGAGUCCGUACCGACUGACGCUGCCUGACGGACGUGUACUGGCCGCCAACGGGAUGCCCGUCGGACCAGACAGGCAGCAGCUGGAGCGCAGUCUGCUGGCCGUCACCCAGUCGGCCGCCACGGUCGGAGGCGAGCCCAAAAUUCUCAUCAAGGACCAGCUCAAGUUUCUGCGCUCGUCAGACCUCGAGAAACUGAUCUCCAUGAUUGCUCAGGGCUGGUCGCCCAACCAGAAGUACCGCGAGUGCGGCCAGCAGACCGCCCUGCACGUGUGUGCCGAGCACGGUCACGUGGCCGCCGCUCACCUACUGGUAACCGCCGGCGCCGCGCUCGAUCCUGUCGACCGCGACCUGCAGACGCCUCUGAUGGUGGCUGCCGCGCGCGCCCAGAACAGCGUGCUGAAGUACCUGGUGACGGCCGGCGCCGCGCUGGACGCAAAGGGCGAGGACGGUAUGACGCCGCUGCACUUGGCGGCCCAGGCCGGUAACCUGGAGGGCUGCCAUUACCUGCUCUCCAGCGGCCGCACAGAGACGGGCUACGUGAACAGACAGGACGACGGUGGCUGGACGCCCGUCGUCUGGGCCUCCGAACACAAACACCCAGUGGUGGUGAAGUACCUGCUGGAGCGCGGCGCCAACCCGCAGCUCUGUGACGAGGAGCAGAACACGGGCCUGCACUGGGCCGCCUUCUCCGGCUCCAUGGAGAUUGCCGAACUGUUCCUGGCCGCCGGCUGCCACGUCAACUCUCCCAACGUGCACGGCGACACACCGCUGCACAUCGCCGCCCGCCAGCGUCACUACCACUGCACGCUGCUGAUGCUCGCGCACGGCGCUAACCUCUACCUGAGGAACCGCGAGGGGAGCGUCCCACUAGACUGCUGCGGCCCGGACCGCACCGACACUCGCCUGGCGCUGCUGCUCAACAUGGAGCUGAGCCGGCUGGCCGAGCGCAGCCGCGCCCGCCGCGGCGAGCGGGUGCUGAGCAACGACGUGAGCCGCGGCAAGGAGAAGCUGCCCAUCCAGGCGGUGAACGAUUGUGACGACUCGCCGCUACCCUCCGACUAUGUGUACGUGGCAGAGAGCUGCGAGACGAUGAAGCUCAACAUCGACCGCACCAUCACCAGUCUUCAGUCGUGCGCCUGUGUGGACAACUGUAUCUCGUCAGACUGCAUGUGCAGCCAGAUCAGCCUGCGCUGCUGGUACGAUCCCGACGGACGGCUGCUACCAGAGUUCAACUACACCGACCCACCGAUGAUCUUCGAGUGUAACCGGGCGUGCGGCUGCAACCAGCUGACAUGCAACAACAGGGCCGUGCAACACGGCAUCACGUGCCGCGUGCAGAUGUACCGCACUACGGACCGCGGCUGGGGCGUGCGCGCCCUCAAACACAUCCCCAAAGGCACCUACGUCUGCGAGUACGUCGGCGAAAUCAUCACCGACUCUGCGGCCGACCAGCGCGAGGACGACUCGUACCUCUUCGACCUGGACAACCGUGACGGCGACACGUUCUGCCUGGACGCACGCCGCUACGGCAACGUGAGCCGCUUCAUCAACCACCGCUGCGAGCCCAACCUGGUGCCCGUCAAGGUGUUCGUCGACCAUCAGGACGUGCGCUUCCCGCGGAUCGCUCUGUUCGCCUGCCGCGACGUCGAGCCGGCCGAGGAGCUCGGUUUCGAUUACGGUGAAAAGUUUUGGAUGGUAAAGUACAAGAUGUUCACUUGCAAGUGUGGCUCGCCCAAGUGCAAGUACUCGUCGGAGAGUAUCCACGUGACACUGGCCAACUACAACAAGAAGCUGGCCGAAGCCGAGCAGAAGGCGGCCAAAUGACACCCGGCGCACGGUGGGCCCUGCUGACGGUAACGUCUGGCGCACGGUGGGCUGUGCUGACAAUGACGCCCGGCUAAAACGGUCAGUUCACGGCGCCCCGCCGCCGCUGGGAAUGGCUGACCUCGCCAGUGUGAGUGAAGUGUCCCGAUGGGCAUCCGCUGCCGCUGUGCAGCCUUUUUGGGGACGUGUGGCGUAUUUCUGUUUAGUUUCAUACUAGUAGCCCGGAUCAUUCUCAUUGUACCUAAUAUCCACCAGAAGGAUGUUUUCUACAGGUCCGUGCGUCGAAAUAUUUGGGAUUCUGACAUUUUGUACCAGAAUGAAGGAAGCAUUUAAGCUUCCCGCUCGUGUGAAAGGGCCCGAAUGUUUUAUACAAAGGUUGACGGUAGGUUUCAUUUCUUAAAUUGUUUGUUUUAGUGUUAGCUAUCAAAUGCCGCUGGCUUUCAGGUGACAAACGGUACCUCAUUUGAGCGCGUGUGAUUGAUGAACUGCCAUCAAAUUUUGUCAGGUGUUUGUAGACUGUUACUGACCAGUAAAAUGUCCCUGGGGUCCGGAUGAUUAACUUUUUUUCCGGAUUCCGCCAGAUCUAGGAUAUUGGACUCCAUUGCUUUGGCCCUGUGAUCUGUCCGUGGCCAAAUGUCUAGCAGCGCCAUUUCGCUGCCAGUUAGCCAGGGUUUGGACAAAUACAUUUUGAUCAAUAAUC